AUGAAGCCCUGGAACACCCUUUUUCUAUUGUUCUCUCUUCUGUCUGGUGUGAUUGCUGCCAAGCCAUCCGCAGACAGGUUCCAAAAAUACCAGGCCAUCUCUCGCUCCAGUCCUAUUGACCUGGAUAGUGCCGCUUUUGAGGAGCUUACAGCAGCCCCUCGUGACUACUAUGCAGCAGUUAUCCUUACAGCUUUGGAUGCCCGCUAUGGCUGCUUGAUGUGUCGAGAAUUUGAGACUGAAUGGGACCUGAUCUCUCGCAGCUGGAACAAAGGCUCCAAGCCCGAUGGGUUGAAGGUGGUCUUUGGUACAGUUGACUUUGACCAAGGCAAAGCUGUUUUCCAAAAGUACAUGCUUCAAACCGCUCCAGUUCUCCUCCUGUUUCCUCCCACUGUCGGACCUUUUGCGAAGCUUGAAGCGGAUCCAGCUCGAUUCGAUUUUACAGGUCCAAUCAACGCCGAUCAGCUCUACUCGUGGAUCAACCGACACCUCCCCGAUGGCCCCAAGCCUCCCUUGGUCCGACCAGUAAACUACAUGCGCAUCGUCUCCGGAAUCACCAUCCUACUGGGUACUAUUACCUUGUUUACAGUGAUUUAUCCUUACCUCUUGCCAAUUAUUCAGAACCGCAACAUCUGGGCAGCUAUCAGCCUGAUCGCCAUUCUUCUAUUUACAAGUGGCCAGAUGUUCAACCACAUUCGCAAGGUUCCCUAUGUGGCUGGUAAUGGCCAAGGUGGUGUCAGCUACUUCGCUGGUGGGUUCCAGAAUCAGUUCGGCUUGGAAACACAAAUUGUGGCUGCUAUCUAUGCCGUUCUCUCCUUCUCCACCAUUGCUCUUGCCAUCAAGGUCCCCCGCAUGGAAGAUGCUAAGGGACAGCAAUUGGCUGUGUUGAUCUGGGGAGGUGUUCUCUUUGGCACCUACAGCAUGCUUCUCAGCGUGUUCAAGUUCAAGAACGGAGGCUAUCCCUUUUACCUGCCUCCAUUUUAA